AUGUCGUCGAGGCCGCCUCUCGCCGCGCUCGGCGUCGACGACCCGACCGACUCGUCCUCGCGCCCGGCAAAGCGCGCCAAGCGCGACCACUCGACGUCCAGCACGACGACCAUGAAGACGCAGACCAAGGGCAAGGGCAAGGGCAAGGGCAAGGGCAAGGGCAAGAAGGGCAAGGAGAAGGCGACCGCGCCGUCACCGUCGCGCCCGCACCAGCCUCUGCCUCUCCCGGACGAGCUCAUCAUCAAGGUUCUCCUCGCCACCGCGACCACCGACAGCGUGGCCGACACGACCAUCCCCGACUCGUCGCCGACCUUCCCGCACGCCGACCCGGACAACACCCACCUCCACCUCUACAACGUCUCGAUCACGUGCAUCGGGCUCCACCGCCUGCUGCGCUCGACCGCCGCCCUCCCCGUGUGGUCCCGCAUCGCGAUGGCGCGCGAGCGCAGGGCUGCCGAGGACGAGGACGAGCCGUACCUCGAGGACGGCAUGGUCGAGGGAGUCGAGGGCUUCAACUGGGGCACGUUCGAGGGCGAGAACCUCCUCGAGCUCAAGUCGACCAACUUCCACACCAUCCUCUGCGACUCGCUCGCCCACAACGUGUACCAGGACAAUCAGCACCCGCGCUCGGCGGCGAGCACCCUCAUCGCCGACGUCAAGCUCGGCAAGCGCGUCUCGACCGGCAACGAGCGCAAGAAGCUCGAGGACGACGUCGUCGCCAAGAUCGUCUCGCUGCGCGCCAAGCUCGACACCCAGGUCGUCAAGAAGGUCGAGGACCAGUACCGCAAGUCGUCGCCCGAGCUGUUCGACGCCAAGACGGGCAAGCACCGCGUCGAUGCACCUCCUUCUCGCCCCUCGCAGCACCUGUGCUCGGUCUCGAACUGGCCGCCGGUCCAAGGGUCAUCGCGCGCCGAGUCCGUACAGCCGGCGCACCUGCGCACCGCGCAGACCGACCUUGACUGGGUCGCGACCGGCAUCAUCUCGUCCAAGUUGCCCGUGCACGACGCCAUCCCGCACCUCUUCAGCAACACCGAGUCGGGCCGCGACCCGGCCAAGUUCUACUACACGGCCGAGGGCUACCAGACCGUUGGCCUCAUGAACGACACGGUCCUCGAGCUCGCGGUCGACGAGGGCACGGUCGUCUCGUCAUACGGCAAGGAGAUCCUCGACCUCGUCCUCAACAGCAGGUCUCUCGUCGUCGUGCCAGUACCAGUCGCCGGCCUGUGGAGGACGACCGACGAGCUCAAGCCGGUCGAGAUCAUGGUGUUCCACCUGCGCCGCAAGGACGAGCCGCACGGUCGCGGCACGAUCCUCGUGCACCAUCACGCGCCGGCUCUCUUCAGCGGCGGUCACAGCCGAUUGGACCAGGUCUGGUACCAGGACGCCGCCGUCGCCGCCCUGUCGUUCCUCGCGCCCGUCGGCGCCGAGCUCCCCACGCCCGACCACUACUACGAGCGGGCCUACUCGCACAUCGCCCAGGACGAGGACGCAGCGGCCCAGAUCGCCAUCGCGAUCGGCCAAAUCGCGACCGCCGAGGUCGAGCGCGGCGAGCCGCUCAAGCCGUCCGAGCGCACGCGCCUCUUCCCGCUCGGCGACCGCUUCCUGCGGCGGUGGCUGCGCAAGAACGCGGCGUCGUUCGAGUCGGCGCAGCUGCGCCUCGCGUCGGGCGAGACGGUGCGCCCACGGUGGCUGCCGUCCUCGCUCGUCGCCUCCGAGGCGCAGCUCGCCAAGCUUGUCAUGCUCGAGCGCGGCGCGGCGACCCGGCGCGAGCGGCGUGCUGCCGCUCUCGCCAACGGCGAGCUCUACGGGCCCGACCUGCACGCCGCCAAUCUCGAGGCGGCGCGCGCCAAGGGCAAGCUGUACGGCCUCGACCUGCGCGCCGCCAACCUCGAGGCGGCGCGCCUCAAGGGCGAGCUCGUCGGCCCCGACCUCAUGCGCGCCAAACUCGAGGCGGCGCGCCUCGAGGGCGAGCUCGUCGGCCCCGACCUGCGCGCGGCCAAACUCGAGGCGGCGCGCCUCGAGGGCAAGCUCGUCGGCCCCGACCUCGCCGCUGCGCGCCUCGAGGCGGCGCGCCUCGAGGGCGAGCUCGUCGGCCCCGACCUCACGCGCGCCAACCUCGAGGCGGCGCGCCUCGAGGGCAAGCUCGCCGGCUACGACCUGCGCGCCGCCAAACUCGAGGCGGCGCGCCUCGAGGGCAAGGUCGCCGGCUACGACCUCCAGCGCGCCAACGCGCAGAGGCGGCGCGACGAGAUCUUCGUCGCGCUGUCGCCGUCGUCGGCAUCGAUCGUCAGGCUCGACGGCGUCGUCGACAGCGGCGACCGGAUCUCGACGCUCGGCGCGUUCGCGGUGAGGCAGCUGUGCCUCGAGGUCGGCCUCGCGGUGUACUUCAAGGUCGAGGGACGCGUCGAGAAGGCCCGGUCCGAGGAGCUGAGCGGGUGGCUCGAGGCGGUGCGAGCCGAGGUGCACGGUCGGUCGGUGAGGGGUCCGUGCGCCGACGGCGACGAGCCCGCGCAGACGCUCGUCGCGCGCAUCGAGCGCGACGAGCUCGAGCGGAGGCGACAGCGGGCGCAGGAGGCGGCGCAGCAGGCGGUGCCGCAGGCGGUGCAGCAGGAGGCGCCCGUCGUGCGCCGGUCGGGCCGUGCGAGGGCGGCCAAGAAGCACGACGACGACGACUGA